AUGAGGGUUCAAGGUCUUAUCGAUACAGGUAUUUUACAAUUUGAUGGUACUGGCAAUACGACUGGAAAUCUGCUCCCUAACCACACUGAAGAAAACAUGAGCGCGUUGAAAAAAGAAGACAGGUGGCGUGCCAAAAGUUGUGUUUCUGAAAUAAAGACACCACUGCGAAAGAUUUGGGAGGUAAUGAUUGAAAAGGGGCUGCUCUGUCGGCCCAACAGAAUUUUCAAAGAAGGAAAUACAAAAAGUCAAUAUUUUUGUGAUUUUCAUGAGAUCGAGAGGCAUGACAUCCAGUCUUGUGAAGGAUUCAGAAAACUACUUCAAGACAUGAUGGACAACAAGGAAGUCAAGAUCUUUAACAAAAAGGAAGAGGCUGAUAAAGGAGAAGUAUGCACUUCUAAAAAUCAAUCAUCAGUUUUCCCUUAUAGUGCCGAUCAACCGUUGGUGGUUUAUUAUGAUGCAAAAAAGAAGCAAGUGAAACUAAAGAUGACAAUUGAAGUACCAUCUCCUUUCCCUUACAAUGACAACAAAGCAGUACCAUGGAAAUAUGAUGUCAACAUUAUCAUACCUGAAAGUGAAAAAUCUAAAGUCACGGCCGAAAAUGUUGGCGAAGUAGGAUACUUCACCCGCAGUGGGAGGUGUUAUUCUAAAGUGGUCGAAUCGAUGAAGAAGACUAAUGACUUGAAGCAGAAAGGAAAGGCACCGAUGCAUGAGGCCGAGGUUAAACUUGAGACUCUGUCUGAACAAGAAGUUAAAAGGCUUGUGAAUGAAGAGGAAGCACAUGAAUUCUUGAAGUUCAUCAAGCAUAGUGAAUAUAACGUAGUGGAACAGUUAAGCAAACAACCGGUACGAAUCUCAGUAUUAUCCCUACUGUUGAAUUUAGAACCACAUCGGAAUACUUUGCUGAAAGUGUUAAAUCAAGAUUACGUGGCAAGCAAUAUAUCUGUCGAAAAACUUGAUAAGUGGGUGAAUAACCUGAACGCAAAUAAUUUUAUUUCUUUCAGUGAUGAAGAAAUAAUGCCAAAUGGUAAGGGCUCCGUAAAAGCAUUACAUAUCACAACCCGUUAUAAGGGUUAUAUAAUACCGAAUGUGCUCAUUGAUAACGGGUCAGCACUCAAUGUCAUGCCUUUGGCCACGCUUUCUAGAAUUCCAAUUGAUAUAUCUUAUCUAAGGCCUUGUCACUCUAUAGUAAGAGCAUUCGAUGGGACAAGACGAAAAGUCAUGGGAAAAAUUGAAAUUCCUCUAGAAGUGGGCCCCUAUAUAUACGACAUCGAGUUUCAGGUCAUGGACAUCACGCCUUCAUAUAAUUGCCUUUUAGGAAGGUCUUGGAUCCACUCUGUUGGGGCAGUUCUUUCAUCUCUCCAUCAAAAAGUAAAGUUUAUCAUGGAUAGUCUUUUGGUUACUGUCGUGGGUGAGGAAGACAUUAUCGCAUCUAUCUCUGCUGAUGAACCAUACCUCGAAGUAAGCAAGGAUGCAGUAGAAUGUUCCUUUCAUUCUUUCAAAUUUAUCAAUGCUACGUUCGUUGCUGAAGGAAAUAAAAUUCCCGUGCCCAAGCUGUCAAGGAAUACCCAGAUGGGAAUUGAGCUCGAGCAAGAAAAGGUUUGGGAAGAUAUCAGCAAGGGAUAG